AUGCCGUCUUUUGCUUUCUGGAAAAGCUCGAAACCAGACGAAUCCAAGUCUCCGCUCCUCAGCGAUGCUGCCGUGACGGAAGAGCUGAGCGUAAUCAUUCCGGGUACCUCAAAAGCUGUCGACUUGAAUCCGGGCAACCAAGACUCUGGAAUUUUCCUCUUUGACGAAGAUGCACAGGAACUCCCAGGAGACCAGACACCGACCGUGGUGGAAUUAAAGAAAAACGAAGAGAACGCGCCACGGACUAGGUCUCCGGCACCCGAAUCGACAUCGAUAGAGGAGCCCUCUGCUACAAUCGAACCGAGUCAAGAGGAAGAAGGCACCUCUACUUCACGGUCGCGACCGCUAUCUCUUGUACCAAAAGAAUCGGGCUCCGCCCUGUCCGUCGAAAAGAGGGCAGAUCCGGUGGCAUUAGGGAAGAUUGAGACAAACCUCCGUGAUCGAGACUCAGGCGUAUACAUGUCCGAUAACGAGAGCUCUCCGGCUUUUUCACAACCGUCCUCCAUCGCUUCGAACGACCAUGUCCUCGCACGAUCACGUGUUUCGUCGCUUUCGAAACCAACAACAGCGUCACCUCAACCAACGAAAUCGAUCGCCCGACUGCAGCGCCCCGCCGAACUGAACCUUGGCUUCAACAGCGCGCCAGACCCAGCGAAGCCCCGAUCCGAACUCGAUCUGCGAUAUGAUCUCAUCCGCAACUCGAAGACAAAAUCGAAGGCUGCAUUGCGGUCGCCCACACAGCUAUUGCAAGACCGGUUGAACAUGUCGCCGAAGAAGAGAGAUGUUGAGGAGAAGGUACAUGUCUUUACGCCGCCACGUGCAACCGUCAAUGGCUGCUUGAUACCUGGACCGGGUGCUCAAGCAGAGGCAUUCACUAGCACAUCGGUUCGUGCGAAGACCGAGGCGGGUGGACGACCGGCUUGGUGGUGCAAGUUCGACAAGCUUGUUGUCUUCGACGGUAUCGAACAACAAGGCGAUGGCGAAAUGAGGCUGAGGACACGCACAAGCAAGGGCUUGAGCAUCGCGAGACGGCUGGGCGACCUGGAGACUGUGGUGAUUCCUCUGGAUUGUGCGCACUGUCAUGAGAUGCUGAAUCGACAUGAGUGGAAAUACGACAUGCGAGUGUGCAAGCGUAGCGUUUGUUGGGAUUGUAAAGAAAGGUGUAAAUGGGAGUAUGAACAGGAGAAGAUGGCAAGCACAGCCACCCCGCGCACGGACGCAAACAGAGAAAGAGCAGACAGCAUGCUUCAGGACGAACAGAGCAGGGGCCAUGGCAUGACGAAAGAGAUCGCUGUUUGA